AAUUUCUUCAGCCAGCUAGAGAUCUAUGAAAGUUUACCAUUCAUGAUUCCCAGAAAUUUGUAAAAUUUACAUUUUUGCUUCGUAACGUUAACCGUUGUGCAGACUACCGUAAAGUUUGAUGUCAUAAAUUCGAGAAAAUUUGAUAUUUUCUGCUUUUCUUCUUUGCUCCACGAAGUUCGUCGUUACCUCGGUAGUUCUGCAACACCACAAACAGAACUUGGAGUGCGCGGGUCGGCUACAUGUCGUCGUUUGGUUCUAAUAUCUUUAUAAGAAAAGCGUGAUUAUUCACUACGUGGUUCACAAAGUUUCAUUUAGGGUUAUUACAUACAAACAAAAUCAUAUUAAGUUUAAAAGCUGAAACAAUCCAACUGGUUUGUCGCUUGUCGAUAAAAUUACCGAAAAAAAACGUUGGUGCGAUGUUCGAAAACCGUUGAUGCUCAUUAAAAUUCUGAAUGUUAAAUGUUGCGACCACAUUGUAUCUAUAUAUACACAAGUUUUCUGCAACUGUGGUAUUGACUGCGAUUCUGCCGGCAUCUAGACUCGGACUACAAGGAAACUAAAUUGACGUGAGUUGCUUUUUGAUGCUUUCAGCGGCCUUCACACGGCAAACUAAAGUUGGCAAACUCAAGUUGGUGUGUGAACGUCACAUAAACAGUCGGCAAACACGUUUGCAAACUGUUGGCGACUCUAUUCUCGCCAACUUUUUCACCAACUUUUUCAUGUUGGUAAACUCGUAUCUGACGUGUGAACGAUUGGCAAAUAUGUCUUGGUAACUGUCAACCAAUCAAAACACGCGCUCUAUUCACGUGAUUCAUUUGCGUGACACUUCACAAAAUGGCGGACGCAAGUCAAGAUAUACGCGAGGCCACUUUUAAAUUUAUCGAAGAGGUUCACAAUUGUCUGGCUGUGUGGGACGUUUCAUCUGUAGUCUUCAAAGAUACUAAAAACAAACAAAAGAAAGGAGGAGCUAGAGGACAAACUGAGUUUCGUCCAAACCUUUCUCGCUUUCUGUUUGUUCUCUUCUCUUCUUCUGUUCCAUUGUUGUACGUGAGUGCCACUGCACUAAGUCGGUCAUGUUGCAAAUUACCGCGUGUUGUGAUUUGACGUGAGUUUGACGAGCGAAGGAACGAGUUUGCCAACACGGGUAUACCAACCUAAGUUUGCCGUGUGAAGGCCGCCUUAGAUUACUAAACGUACAUUUUUAUAUAGCGGACUGUUUCUAGCUGGCGCCAGUUUCCCCGGUACGUUAUCGAGAAAACAGUAUUAAGCUUGACUACUAUCGAUUUUGAUGGAAAAAUGGAAAUAUGCACCACCAUACUCUGCGCCAAAUAAAAAGAGCCGGUCGUUAAGAAGUUGAGUGCUUCGAGUGGGCGCGCUAUAGAAAACAUAUGCCUCAAGCAAAUUCCAUACGGGGAGCACACGUUUCCCAAAUGAAAUGGUUUUCCGUCCAUGAAUUAUGCAGAGUCGUCGGUCUCAAAUGAAAAAAAAGAGAUCUAUUGGGCCCCUUUUGAUACCAGCCUAUGGCUGAUGGGGCUAUCCUUCCUAAAUGAAGAUGACUUGACUUGACAUUGGGAUGUUUUGGGGCGUACCCAUUGUCAACUAAAAUAUUGGGCAUUAGUUUUAGCCUCCCUCCUCCCCUCCCCCUUCCCCUUCCCUCCCCACUCAAUCCACCCCAUCGGGAAAAACUCGGGAAUAGAAGUUUUGGAUUUAAGACAUCAAGUGGCCUGCAAUGACCUCCUCCUGUGUUCUGGGUCCUAGUCAUAAUUUUCUAGGGACAAAUAAGAAUCUCCGUCGUUCGUGAGUACGAGCUCGAAAAGAAAAGUUACUCCGUUAGCAUGUAAAUGAUUCUGCUUGUACAUGUAGAUAUUUGUAAGCUUUAUAGCCAGAACUUGUCUUUUUUGUGUGCCUAGCCUCCCACGUAGACGUCUUAGGCUAUUUUGUGCCUAGCUUAUGUCGUAUUUCUGGGUUUUAGUUUAAUAAGAGAUACUUUUACGUUUGUCUCAGUGCUUCUAGGAGCUUCCAGGCCUUGGUUAUUUUACUGCCGCCUUUGCUACUACACCAGGUUGAUCGUAGAGAAAACCACCAAAAUAACAUUCGGAGAUGAUCAUGCCUGGGUAUCUGUUGGCCAGUUCAGAGCAGGAAAAAAGCGGUCCGAAGUGUAUCCGUAACUCCUGUGGUCUGCUACUCCUUCUACUUUUUAUGUUAUUUCAAAAUGGAUCUUCCAAAGUGAUCUGUUUAGAGGACCAGACAGAAUUUCUGCCAAAUGAGGUUUUUCUACAAGUAAUCGCAAGUAACAGUGCAAUGGACGGAAUGAUGGAGGAAACGGAGGAAGCUAAUGAAAACUACAGUUUCAGAAAUAACGACAGAGACGAGUACGAUGAUGAUCAAUGCAAUCAUGGCGGCUGUGAUGAAGAUGGUCAUGACGUUACCAUUGCCCCUGUUGGUUUAGCUGCUGCUAUCGUCGUUGUAGUAGCAGCUGUUAUAGUCGUUGGUGUUGUUGUACGGGGUGGCGGCGGUGGCGGCGGUGGCGGCGAGCAGAACCGAACAAUUGAAGUUGUUUUCAAGAACCAAGACAAAAGCUGGACGCUGCUACAAGACCAUUAG